CAGUGUCACACAAAAUGUUAGUAUAAAAAACGAUUGACGUACACGAUGCUUCACCUAUGAUUCUGCAAGUUGAAGUUUGUAUAUGUCCUUUAUCACCCUGCCGAAUGUUGUUUAACAUUUACCAUCACAUAUAUAGAUAAGGCUUCUGUUUCUAUAUAUAUAUCUUGCGCACUAUUUACUCGGUUUUGAUUACGAUUUACGAAGAAAAAAAAGAAUAUUAUGGCGGAUUGGGCACCGGUUUUAAUCGGGGUGUUGCUGUUCGUGCUGCUGACCCCUGGUUUGUUGUUUCAGCUUCCGGGCAAGGGGCGAGCGGUUGAGUUUAAUAACUUUCAGACGAGUGGGGUUUCGAUUUGUGUCCAUACAAUCAUCUUUUUUGGGCUCAUUACCAUCUUACUCAUUGCAGUUGGUAUCAGCAUCAACAUAGGCUAGCUGUUAGCUUCACAUGGAUCAGUUGAUCAGCUUCUAUAUUGUAUUUGUAUUUUGAAUACCUUACAAGUGUUCAUUUUUUUCAGAUUAUGUUAUGGUGUCGUCGAAUAUUAUACAUAUAGCCAUAUAGGUCUAUAGUUUGUUGAUAAUAUCUAUCUAUAUUUAUAAAACUAUUCUAGGACUCUUUUUUAUGUGAAUCUUAUCAUGUA